AUGAUCGGCUCUGCUCCUGAUUCGGCCCGCCGGAAGCCGAGUCACGGCAGUGCCAAUGAUGAGAUGCGGGAUGAUGACACUGUGGUAAAGAACACGAAGACGUCCGCUGAUGCCUUCACAGAGAAGAGGAAGAAAAAGGAGCAUUUGUGCAGUGCCAACCAUGGGAAGGAUAGGGACAUACGGAAUGGGGACCAAAGGAUAAAGAAGAGCAGGGUGCCUGCCACAUUAUGUGAGAAGGGGAGGGAAAAGGAUGACCUGAACAAAACAAAAGGCAAGAAGAUGAUGGGUGUUGACCUGGACAAGAAAAGGACGAUUAUAUCGAAUGACUACAAUAAGAUAAAGGGUAAGAAAAAGGUCAACACUGCAUCCCUUGAGAAGGAGAGGAAGAAAAAACUUCCCAAUGCCAGCACUGGGAAGAAUACGCAAAGGGAUGAUGGCGAGGAAGGGAGGAUUAUGAGUAACUCUGAUAAGAAGAAAAUGAGGACGACUGAGAGCAUGGAGAUUAAGAUGAGACAUGACCGACAGAAUGGGAGAAAUGUGCCACUUGAUGUAUCCAACGAGAAGAUGGAUAUAUCAAGUCACUCUAACUAUAAAAUAGGGAAGAGGAAAUUACCACACACACAAUUGAAGAGAAAAAAGAAGAUGCAGUGCAAUGAUAGUGAUAAGAAGAUUCACGGUGCCAAGAUGAAGGAAAUGAAAAUAUUUAGCUGCGGCAAGGAAAAGGUUAAUCAGGCUUCAUUCGCAUUUUUUAAAGUCAUGUGCAACAAUUUCGAGAAAUUUAUGGUGAUACCACUAACUGUUGCACCCAGAUUGGAGUAUUUGACUAAUCAUCUUGUAUUUCUUAAAGAUUCAGAAGGAAAAUGUUCAGUGGUCAUGGUAUCGAAGGUCGCUGGUUCCCUUGCUUUUGAUCAGGGAUGGGAUAUUUUUGUUUCAAACCAUUUGAUUAAAUGGGGUGAGUUUCUGUUGUUUGAGUAUAUUGCUGAGAGUACAUUUUCUGUGCGGGUUUUUGGUACAGACUCUAGUGAAAGACUCUACUUCAAUGCUGAGAGCACAACUAAAGGUGAAAGAAAGAAACAGACAUGGAGUAAUAUGUCACCUGAUGAUUUGGUCUUGAACAAUGGUAGUUCAGAAAACAUAGAUAAUGGAAACUAUGUUUCUGGCGAAAAUCCCAGGACCAAAGUGCCUCAAACUGGUCAUGUGACUUACAAUACAAAAAAAUACCCUAAACCAGUUGAACAUGUGGUUGGAUCUGGACUAGUGGCACAAGAUAACGAUGGAAAUUUGAUUGAUCCACAGUGCAAAACAAAGGGUACUUCUCCGCUGUGCAGCAAAGGAAAAACACUAAUUAUGCUUAUAGAUUCUGAAGAUUCUGAACCUUUGGAGCAUGAAAAUGGGGAUACAAUGAAGCUAGCCACAUCAGGUGCAGAUUCAGAUACAAGUCUUGUGGCUGUUAAUACCAAUGAAGACCCUAUAAGAGCUCAGAGUGGCAUUGGGAAUGGACCCUCAGUUAUACUAGCUGACGAGAAGGGGAGUUCCCCUGAAAUUGAGUGCGGAACCAAGUCCAUUUCAACAACAUGCAGCGAAAGAAAAACAAGAUCUCAAAUAAUUAUAACUGCUACAGAUCUCUUGGAUUUACAUGAUUCAGAUGAAGAUUUAGGAAGAAAGCAAAGAACAAAUGCCAUUCCUUUAGAUUCUGUCACGCCUGUGGUAGAUUAUCAUAAUCAUAGCAAGACGAACAUUAUCCAAAACUUUUACAGAAAAUAUGAAGCUCCUGGAGGUUUUCGCUGCUUGGAGAAGUGGAGGAAGGAUGUUGUGAACAAUCAAGCAUCUCUUGAUUGCACUGUACCGAUUGAACCUGAAAACCCACAAAAAAAUGACAGCAUGUUGGUUGAUGGUUAUGGUUCAAUUGAACUAAACCCUGUAGAUGAGUACAUUUGUUCCGAGGGCAAUCAUGAAUGUGUCCAACCAAUAUUCACCAUGCCCAUCAAAGAACCAUCAAGUGCUGAUAGAGUAACCAAUUGCGGACACGAUGGGACAGAGAUCGACUAUAGCAUCAAUGAGAAAGAUGGAGGUGCUUCUGUUCUACUUGAAGCAAAAGGGGAAGGAUUGGAACCUAUGGGAAGCAUUGUACAUAGCCUAAGUAACAAUGUCCCGCUGUGUGCGAACCCUGUAGUUCCAGGUAAGGAUGGUGCACCAGGACUAACCCCUAUUGGGUCUGAAGGAAGUUGUGCCUUUAUUGAAUCAAUGUUCACUGGGCCCAUUGAGAAAACCUCAAGUCCUGACGAAAUAUCCAAAUGCAGCAGUAGCACGAAAGAGAUCGAACAUAAUGUCAAUGGAAAAGGAACUACUGUUCAAUUUGAAAUCCAAAUGGAUCAAGUGGAGCCAGUGAGUGUACGCAGCAAAAGUUGCAACAUUGUUCUACGUGCCAACGAAUCAGAACAUCCUUCCUCCAAACAGGAAAGUAGAAUGUCUAGUAACACUGAGGUCCCAGAGCCUUUGUUGCCUAUGAAGGACGAAAUUCUGAAGCUGGAUUAUCAUUCUCCACCAGAGAUCAACUCGCAACUGUGCAUUCCUGAUACCACUCAGAAAUGGCUUGACCUAUCCAAGUCGCUUUCCAGUGCAGUUAGACAGAGAAGGCAUCAUUGGGAUGUUAUAAUGCUGAAGGAUCCCAUGAAGAGAUUAUGGCCUAUUAUUUACCAUGACAGCCCAAUAUUUGUGGGAUUCACGGCGGGCUGGAAACAUUUUGUUGCAGCAAACAACCUCCAGACCGGGGAUGUCUGCGAGCUUAUUAAGGAAUCAGACGAUGAUGAGCCGGUGUACUCUGUCCGGAUGCGUGGUAAAAUUUAA